AUGCAGAUAGUACCUGCACCACUGCUGCAGAUAGUACCUGCACCACUGCCUCAGGUAGUACCUGCACCACUGCUGCAGAUGGUACCUGCACCACUGCCUCAGAUAGUACCUGCACCACUGCCUCAGGAGACCGUGAAUAGGAGAGAGAGAGAGAGAGAGAGAGAGAGAGAGAGAGAGAGAGAGAGAGAGAGAGAGAGAGAGAGAGAGAGAGAGAGAGAGGGGAUAAGAGGGAAGAGAAGGGAAUUAAGCGAGAUGAGAACUCACUUGGUGAUGAGGCCGGUGGAUUCGGAGUCGAUGCGUUGGAAGAUGACCGAGUUGAAGUAG